GUUAAACGUCAAACGUCACUUCACCUUGAACAACCUUACAUAAAACCUUGCAAUUAGGUCAACACCUCGACCAAAUUACAUCGUCCAAGGCAUUGUUCAAUUAUUCAAGUAGGUAAUUCCUUUAUACUUCUCUUUUCUUCUUCAAUUAUAUUGCAUCAUGGAAGUUGCAACUCCUCCGAAACGAAUGACGCGUGCCAGAGCAGCCGCGAAGGACGCUGCAAGCACCAAAAGUACCAGUACCGCGACCGCUGCCACCAUCGCUACCACCACCAAAUCUACCGCCAAGGCAGCUCCAGCCCCAACAAAAAGGACAGCAACUACGUCGCGUCCUGCUAAGCGGAAGACCCGAUCCGACGAAGAAGAUGAAGACAACCAACAGACGAACUCUGAGCAAACAAGUACCAUGAAUAGGCCAGCCAAGACCAGAGGAAGACCGAAGAAGGUUGCCCAAUCUGAACCUGAACCAGAACCCGAGACGGAGGCUCCUGUUCACAAUGCGCCGACCGCAUCUAAGGCUACGCGUGGUCGAGCCAAGAAAGUUGCCACAACAGCACCCGCAGCUCCUAAACAAGAACCAGCAAAAAUUACACGCACAAGCACGCGAACCAGAAAAACGGCUGCUGGUGAUAAUGAUGGUACCGCAUCUACUGAACCGGUUAAGAAGACCACGCGCUCGCGUGCUACAGCCGGUACUAAAGCAGCCACUGGUGUAGUCACCACAGACGUUUCCACAGAGCCUACACCAGGCCUAAAGUCUGCCGUCUCUAGGCCUGCGUUUAGGGUCGGAGGGGGGAUCAUUAAGAAGACGGUUACCUUCCAGGAACCAGAGAAGGAGAACCUGGUGCCCACCGUAGCCGCUAAGGCCAAGACCAAGACAACCGAGUCUGCCACUGGUAUGCGUGCAAAGCCCGUUCGCAAACCAGUUACUGGUAGAACUACCAGGGCUAGCAAAAAAUCAACUACCAGUGAGACACGAGACAAGUCUCCUCUUAGUCCUAAGAAGGAUGCGCAGAACCGGGCAUUGUCUCGAGAUACUGAUUCGGAUGACGAGCUUGCUACAUUGGAGAAGACUCCUCUCAAACCCAUGAUGAAGAGCCCCGUGAAGCCACCCGCAACUAAGAAGCAUGACCCUCAGCCUCAGACCGAUGAUGCGGAGGAGACUGCUCAAGAGGCCCCAGAGCCAACGGGUUCGUCAGUAUUUGGCAGCCCUGCUCGUAGACCACCCGCUUCUCCUUUUAAGGAUAUGUUGAAGUCGCCUGCGAAGAAAGUUGACGCCGUUCCAUUCGUUCUAUCCUCAAUGGAUGACCAACAAACAGCACCAUCACCAUCAAAGACUUCAAUACUGCAGUCACCUGCUAAAAGACCCCAAGUGCCUAUUAAGGGACUACAACCUCAGGAAUCUAAUGGUAUCAACCGUUCUCCGGUAAAGAUGUCUCUCUUGCAAUCACCGGCUAAGCGCCCUGCGUCGCCUUUCAAGAUGCAAGUACCACCCAUGCAAUCACUUAUAAGUAAUUCAAAUAGACUGUUUGGGCCUAAGCCUUCUCCGACAGAUGAGAAAGUGCCGGCUGAAGAAGCGCAACAACCUGAGCAGCAGGAGAUCAUUGAGGCAGAGCAUGAACCCGCAUCAGGCGAGCAAACGGAGGAGAAUCAAGUCGAGCUCGAGUCACCGUCUCAGCUUGCUUUCCCUGGCCGUUUAUCUGCUGUCCUCCCUCGGCAUGCGGACCCUGCUCUCCGGGAAAACCCGCUCCCCAUUAAGGACUUGGAUGUGAAACAGCCGGAGACCGCUAUAGAGGAACCGGUUGAAGCGCAGAAGGAGCCAAUUAUCGAAGCUAGAGCUGACGAGAUAGCUGACGACCCUAUGGAUGUCGAUGAGCUUGAAACCAAAGAGGAGGAGAAGGCGCCUAGCCCAGCUCCAACAACACCUCCUCAGUCGCCUCCUAAGCAAGAUAUCAAUCUAGAUUUUGGCUCGGAAACUAAGGGCCUUAACUACGCGUCUGACUCUGAGGAUGAGCUUGCAUCUAGCGGAAAGACGCUUGGCAAAUACCAGGAUGAUACGAUUUUCACGUUUACUGCCGGUGUUCCUUCGACGCCCACGCCGAGCACUUCCAAAACUCCCCGACUGCCAUCUAGCGCGGUCAAGGCUGCCAGUCGUGCCAUUCGAUCCGUCUCCAAGGGAUCCCGAUUCUUCACCCCGCUAGCCAACCAGCUCAAUGAAUGGAAAGGCCCAAGCCCGACCAAGGCUAGUAAUGAUGUACAUGUGCCUUCCCCUGAGUUCAAGGAAGAGGGCUUCUCACUGCUCAGGGAGAACGAUACCGCUCCGGCCGAGUCUACACCAACUAGAAGCUUCUUCGAUGAGGAGAUGAGAAUCCGUGCCGAGAUGGAGAACCAGGCUGCAAUCGAAGCAGCCCUAGAAGCCGACAUCGCUGCUAGAUAUGAUGAGCCCGAGUUUAAUGACAUCCCCAUCACGACUGAAGACAUGGAACUUGCUGCCGAGGCCAACGAGAUGUCCCUUAUGGAAAUAGCCGAAGUUGACGAGGCGAAGGAGAAUCAUGUCCAUGAUGACUCGAUCUCGGACGCUAGCCAGGAGUAUGGCGAUGAGAACGCCGUCCCUAUUGACCCGGCUCUCCUAAGAACUAAUGCUGGUAUGCGUCGUCUUGAGCCGGUUACUCCUGUCCGGCCGUCUGCGCCUAGGAGUUUCCACACCGUCUCUAAGGUGCCAUUGAAGCCGGCCGAUGAUUCUACUCCCGGGAUUAUGAAGAAGCGCAGCGCAAGCGUGUCAAAGCUACCUGCCAAUCGUCCGACUGGUCUCUUUAGGAAUGCCACGGUCAUCUCAUACUCUCCCACUAAGGACCCAUCCCAGAUGGAUCUUGAUGAAGAUGAUGAGCCAGAGCACCCUCCGGUGACUCCUUCAAAAGCCGACAUAUGGUCCUCUAUGGGCACACCAGCCCGUACUCCUCGUCGAGACCUAAAUAACUCUUUGCUCCGAGGCGCGGUCGUAUUCGUUGAUGUGCACACAAGUGACGGUGCGGACGCGAGCACCGUCUUCGUUGAAUUGCUCACGCAGAUGGGUGCUCGCUGUGUCAAGAGUUGGCCUUGGAACCCAACUAGUUGUAACGACGACGGCUCGGCAUCUAAGGUGGGAAUCACGCACGUCGUGUACAAGGAUGGAGGCAAGCGAACAUUAGAAAAGGUCAAGGAGAGCGGCGGUGUUGUGCAGUGUGUCGGCGUCAGCUGGGUCCUGGACUGCGAGCGUGAGAACGAGUGGGUUGACGAGGCUCCCUACUACAUCGAUACUUCUCUGGUUCCUCGUGGUGGGCGCAACCGUCGAAAGAGCAUGGAGCCAAAGGCGCUUGCUAACCUCAACGGCACGUUGGUUACUCCUAUGAAGAGCAUUACGAGGCAACCCCAGGAGUGCCAGACCGUCCCGAAUAACCACGUUAGCCGCAGGGAUAGCACAGUUUGGAUGCGUACUCCGUCAGACCACGACGAAGACGAGGAUGCACCCGGUGACCAUGAUUGGGACAGCGAGCUUGGCAUGCUGACUCCUGUGCCUAAGACGCCGGCUCCGGAGACCGUCGCGAGAUUCGCCAUGGAUAUCAGCCCGGACUCUCCUGAAGCGGAGAACGACGAAGAUCUCGAGGAAAGGGAGCAACUGUUGAUGAGGACUUGCCCGCCGAAGAAGAGCAUGUACGCCGGCCUCGGCGAGGGCUUGAUUAAGAAGGAGAAGGAUCAGGGCAUUCUGAUGCGCCUAAUGGCAGCCCGUCGCAAGAGCUUACAGUUUGCUCCCAAGAUUGCGAGCCCUCUUUCCAAGGCAUGGAAUUAGACGAAUUAAUACAGUGCAUUGCAUGAUCGAUGUUAUAGGCGUUAAGGCGAUACGGUCAUCCACUCCUCGCAUAGGAAUUGCGGUACGGAGGUUGUCGUUCGUUAAAGGGAAAAGGAUAUAAGAUAGGCUCGGGGUGAGCCUGAUCCUGGCGUUGGUUGGCAUGUGUUAUGAAGUAGUUAAAAUCGCGUCUGAGCGCAAGCUCGUCUAGAGGUUUAAUGCAUUCUAGAGUAUGGCGAACGAAUUGUUUGAAUUAUUAGUGAUUAUACCGAUUGCGUGUUUUCUAGGGGAUAGUAUGGUCGCUGUUGUCUUGAUACUAUCUAGUCCCAGAAAGUUCGUGUUUGUGUAAAUGUUAAUGCUUUGUAAGUUUUAUUAGAGGCAAGUAGUUGAAUAUUGAUUUCCUAAAUCUGAUAUAUCUACGUAGGUGCCUACCCUACCUGCUUUCGCAGUGAUAUCCUAUGGAAUCUCUUCGAUAAAGAACUAACAUGCUGCGUAAG